AUGGGCGAGCAUAAUCUCCUUAAUCCAGGGUUUGUAGGACCUCUGGUAAACAUCCAUACAGGAGACACCUUUUACUUUCCGAAUUUUAGAGCCUCAGGGGGACAGCUGGCGGGGCUACCGUCUCUCUCCUACCCGAGAAGGGACAAUGUUUGCUCCCUCCCGUGGAACCCUUCGGAGCCGUGCAAUGGAUAUUCUCAAUCCUACUUUAGCAGCCCCGUCUCUAUUAACCCUUCUUUCAAUCGGUCGUGUGAGAUCACCAGACCGGAGGAGGGCAAGUGCUACUACAACAACGGGAACAGGGAGACCUGCUCAGGUGGCAACGGCAGCGGCAGCCUAAAACGGGAGGACAGAGCGAGGGACACAUCUUCCCUAACAUCUGACCACGGGAUGCACGCCGGGAUUGCAGGCAGCGUCUCCUUCUCUAAAUAUGAGUAUGGAACGGAGCAGCUCACACAGGAUCCGCCGUCCUGUCAGUCGAUGGAAUCUGACUCCAGCUCCUCUCUGUUAAAUGAGGGCGGCAAGCCUCCAUCUAGCAACACACAGACCCUGGUGUCUCCGGGAAGCCAUUCUGGCAACAUAGCCGCAGGCGGAGGUGCCCCUUGGUACCCCAUGCACACUCGGACCAGAAAGAAGCGCAAACCUUAUUCCAAACUCCAGCUGGCGGAGCUCGAGGGAGAAUUCAUGCUGAACGAGUUCAUUACCAGGCAGCGGCGGAGGGAGCUCUCCGACCGACUGAACCUCAGCGACCAACAAGUGAAGAUUUGGUUUCAGAACCGCAGGAUGAAGAAGAAGAGACUCAUGUUAAGGGAGCAAGCUUUGGCUUACUUUUAA